AUGUCUCCAAUCUAUGCCUAUCUGAAGUCCGGAACCCUUCCUACCGACAAAUCCCAAGCUCGGAAACUCCGCUACCGAUUGGCAAGAUACACGGUCAUCAACGAUGUUCUGUACAAACGGGGCUACACGACGCCGUACUUGAAGUGCCUGACCAAGGAGCAAGGGGGCUACAUCCUUCGGGAGGUCCACAGCGGAAUCUGCGGUGACCAUUCCGGGUCCAGAUCGCUCGCACACAAGGUCUUCCGGCAGGGUUACUUCUGGCCGACUCUGCACCAGGAUGCGAACACACUAGUCAAAGAGGUGUGA